CACGAAUCAGGCACAAUGACACCGAAAUUCUCACGAGGGACCGCAGCAUAGGGCCUACCAGGGAUCGACGACAACUCGCACAUAGCCGCAACCACUUCUGCAGGCGCUCUGGCUUUUGGCUCUUUUCGAGACACUCGACUCUUGACCGCGUUGUGAGAAGAAACUGCAGAGAGCCACCAGCUCGCACUCCCGAGCCAAGCCAACAUCCUCAUCUGCUGAGACUGUCAUCUCACACGCCCGAUCGAUAUUGCACAGCUCACAGCCCGUUCACGCAAAUCCUCGGUCAUGCCACGAUGACGGACGCUGAACCCCGAGAUCCGCACGUCAUGGCCGCUCGCAGAGUGUUUGAAAUCCUAGGCUCAGCAGCCGCCGACGCCUGCACCGCUCGCCUGGGCCGCAUGACCUUUGCUGGCAGACGCGUCAUUGACACGCCAAAUUUUACGGCCGUCACCUCGCGUGGCGCCAUUCCUCAUCUAACCCCGGAUAAUGUUGGAAAGCAUACGUCUGUAGAUGCGACAUACAUGGCUCUGGAAGACUUCGUGGAGAAGAAAGAACCACCCAUAUACAAGACUCCGUCUGGUGAUGCGGCUAGGCUGCACAGCUUCACUGCCAUGCCCUCGGAUAGGACGACCAUCAUGGGCGCAAGGCGCUGCCCGCCAGUGACGACGCCAAUGGGCAACAGCGCCAAGUCAGUGACUCUCUUCACAUCCACGGGCUUUUCCAGCGUCACGAUACCGCAGUACGCCGCUGCCAUUAAGGCGCUACGGCCGGAUGUGGCUAUUCCCUUGGCCGAUGCGCUGCAUACGAGUCCGACGCCCAACUCAAAGAAGCUCAUCAAAAUGGUGGAGCGCACCGAGGAAUGGCUGGACGAGCUGCUGCAGCAACUCGGGCCCGGCCGCGACAAACCCGACGCUUUGGGAGUGUCCCUGUUUGCCCCGGUGCUCCCGGUCGAGCAUCCCAUCCAGUGGGACUAUCUCCGGCACCUCGCCGAGGACGUGACGGACUCGCUGUCCGGGUUGGCCGUAUACAACGUCGCCCUCUUGCCGGAGCUCGCCUGCUACAAACCCUUUGCAUCUCUGCCGAAGCUUUCCCUGGAUCCGCCCAAGACACCCCACGAUAUACUGCGCCAAAUAUCCCUCGGCGUCGACAUGGUCACAGUGCCGUUCAUAAACACAGUCUCAGAUUCGGGAAUCGCCCUCACUUUUACGUUUUCUCCACACACCGUCAGGACCAACGAUCUUCUCCCGAUGGGGGUGGACAUGUGGUCUCCGGAGCACGCCACGGCGGUGACGCCCCUUGCUGACGGCUGCAAGUGCUAUACCUGCACGCAUCAUCAUCGUGCGUACCUGCAUCACCUGCUUAAUGCCAAGGAAAUGCUGGGCUGGAACCUGCUCCAGGUUCACAACCACCACAUUGUGCACCAGUUUUUUGCCGCCGUUCGCCAGUCUCUGGUGAACGGGGCCGCUGCCUUUGAGGAAGGGCGGCGGCUGUUCCUCGCGGCGUACGAGCCGGAGCUGCCAGAAGGAGCGGGCGAGCGGCCGCGGGCGCGGGGAUAUCACUUUAAGAGCGAGGCUGGGCAGGAGAGGCGAAACAAAUCCAGCUGGAAGGACUUUGAUGCGCAGACGACGAAUGGAAGCAUUGAGCCUGUAGUAUAGGAGCAUCGCUAGCAUCAAUCAGACAUGCCAUACCCUGGGUCUGGCAAGUACAACCA